CCAGAAUUUAACUCUAAUUUAACUGCUCCCAUUGUUCUAACGGAAUCAAUGAUGAUCCUCAACCUCACAAACGAAGCUGCAGUACUCGAAAUGAUCCCACAACCACGCCGCCGUGAAAUUCCGGCAUUACCCAUGCUCUGGUAACCACGAUUCAUUCAUCUCCCCCACAGAUUAUGGCUUGAAUUAUCUGUUCAUAGCAUUUCACUGCCGAUUAUGGACACUCUCUUUGUCCCCAUAUCCUUCUCCGAAUCUCCUCACCCUUUACUCACCCGCAACACCAACGCCGGUGCUCAAUCGAGGAUUGGACCUCUUUCCCGCUUCUCGCCGCGUUCUUCUCUAAUUCGGCUCAAUCGCUUUCCCAUUCCCUGUAAGAAGAUUUCCUAUCCUCGGUUCGGUCACUUCCGUUGCGCCGCCGAGGCCUCCGAUCACCGACACGGUCACCAUCACCACCACCAUGGCUGCCAGCACCAUUGCGGUGGUGACAGUGAUGGAGUGGAGCUGACUGGGGCUCAAAAGGCGUUUGUUCGAUUUGCGGAAGCUAUUAGGUGGACGGACUUGGCGAAUUACUUGAGGGAGCAUCUACACUUGUGUUGCGGUUCUGCAGCUUUGUUUGUAACUGCAGCUGCGUGCCCUUAUUUGGUGCCAAAACCUGCUGUGAAGCCUCUACAGAAUGUUUUCAUUGCAGUUGCUUUUCCUUUAGUCGGGGUCUCUGCUUCUCUUGAUGCUCUAACCGAUAUUAGCGGUGGGAGAGUAAACAUCCAUGUGCUAAUGGCUCUUGCAGCCUUUGCAUCAAUAUUUAUGGGGAACCCCUUGGAAGGAGGACUACUUCUUGUGAUGUUUAAUAUGGCUCAUAUUGCUGAAGAGUAUUUCACAAAGCAAUCAAUGAUUGAUGUUAAAGAGUUGAAGGAAAGUCAUCCAGAUUUUGCUCUUGUUCUUGAUGUGAAUGAUGAUAACCUUCCCGAUACUUCAGAUCUGGAGCAUAGAAGGGUGCCAGUGCGUGAUGUUGAAGUGGGCUCAUAUAUCUUGGUGGGAGCUGGCGAGUCUGUCCCUGUAGACUGUGAAGUUUAUCAAGGUUGUGCGACGAUCACUGUUGAGCACUUGACAGGAGAAGUCAAACCAUUGCAAAUCAAGGUUGGGGAAAGAGUUCCAGGCGGAGCAAGAAACUUGGACGGGAGGAUCAUAGUGAAGGCUACAAAAACAUGGGAAGAGUCAACACUUAGCAGGAUUGUGCAGUUGACUGAAGAAGCACAACUUAAUAAACCAAAGCUACAGAGGUGGCUCGAUGAAUUUGGUGAGAAUUACAGCAAGGUUGUUGUAGUCUUAUCUGUGGCGGUUGCCCUUAUUGGACCAUUAUUGUUCAAGUGGCCAUUUAUAUGCACACCAGGUUUCAGAGGAUCAGUUUAUAGAGCACUUGGGCUCAUGGUAGCCGCAUCACCAUGUGCACUGGCAGCAGCGCCAUUGGCAUAUGCUAUUGCAAUAAGUUCCUGUGCAAGAAAGGGGAUACUCCUGAAAGGUGGACACGUGCUUGAUGCUAUGGCUUCUUCUCACACUGUUGCAUUUGAUAAAACCGGAACAUUGACUACAGGAGGACUUGUGUUUAAAGCCAUAGAACCCAUUUAUGGGCAUAAGAUUGGAGGAGAUAAAUCACAUUUUGCUUCCUGUUGCAUACCGAGCUGCGAAAAAGAAGCCCUUGCAGUGGCAGCUGCCAUGGAAAAGGGUACUACUCACCCAAUUGGAAGAGCUGUAGUAGAUCAUAGUGUGGGGAAAGACCUUCCUUCUAUUUCUGUUGAAAGUUUUGAAUAUUUCCCUGGAAGAGGUCUCAUUGCAACUCUGCAUGGCAUUAAGGUAGAAGGAGAAGAGUAUUUACAUUCAAUCUCUAUCUUACAGUCGGGAAUUGGAGGUAAAUUGCGGAAAGCAUCUCUUGGUUCUGUGGAUUUCAUCACUUCCUUCUGCAAAUCCGAAAAUGAAUCAAGGAAGAUCAAGGACGCUGUUAGAGCAUCAACAUAUGGAAGUGAAUUUGUUCAUGCUGCUCUUUCAGUUGAUCAAAAGGUAACACUGAUUCACCUUGAGGAUCAACCUCGACCUGGAGUCGUAGAUGCAAUAGCAGAACUACAAGAUCAGGGAAAACUCCGAGUUAUGAUGUUAACAGGUGAUCAUGAUUCAAGUGCAUGGAAAGUUGCGAAUGCUGUGGGCAUAAAUGAAGUUUACUACAGUCUUAAGCCAGAGGACAAACUUGCUCACGUGAAGGAAAUUUCAAGGGAGAUGGGGGGUGGUCUGAUCAUGGUAGGCGAAGGUAUAAACGAUGCACCUGCACUUGCUGCUGCUACUGUGGGGAUGGUUCUUGCCCGUCGUGCAAGUGCUACUGCUACAGCUGUUGCAGACGUCCUGCUUCUUCAGGACAGUAUUUCCGCUGUACCAUUCUGCAUUGCCAAAUCUCGUCAGACCACUUCAUUGGUCAAGCAAAAUGUGACCCUUGCCUUGUCAUCUAUCCUUCUAGCCUCUCUCCCAUCCGUUUUGGGGUUUCUUCCCUUGUGGCUAACGGUCCUUCUACACGAGGGUGGCACUCUCCUGGUUUGCCUGAACUCCGUACGUGCUCUAAAUCAGCCCUCAUGGUCAUGGAAACAAGAUUUUCAAAAUCUGAUGCACAACCCCAGAUCUAAACUCAACCCGAAACCCGAGACUAGCUCUGGUACCAUCCAAACUGCAACUUCAUAGCAUAAAAUUCUUCUUUCUCGCCAAAGUAAGCCAUGAUCUUAACCAAAACUCACAUUGAUAUUCUUUUUCUCUCUUCCUUUGUUCUUACUUUCAUCUCGAUUUGUAAAUUGUAAUAUAUGUAUGAAUGCUAUUGUUAUACAGUCAUUUGCUUGUCAAUCGACAAACUGUAAAAGAACAAAAAGCUGAUUGCCGAACAGAGGUGAAAUAAUAUGUAGUUUUGUGUUGGUCAUGUAAGCCAAAAUUUUGUCACGUAAA